AUGAAUGAGUUCCUGUCCUGUGCAGAGCUGCCAGAGAACUGGACAGACACGCGGGAGACGCUGCUGGAGGGGAUGGUCUUUCAGCUGAAGUAUCUGGGCAUGACGCUGGUGGAGGAACCCAAAGGAGAAGAGCUCUCAGCCGCUGCUGUCAAGAGAAUCGUUGCCACAGCUAAAGCUGGUGGGAAGAAGCUUCAGAAGGUGACGCUGAAGGUUUCUCCUCUAGGGAUUAUUCUCUACGAGAGCGUAUCAAACCAGCUAAUAGAGAAUGUGUCCAUAUACAGGAUAUCAUACUGCACGGCUGAUAAGAUGCAUGAUAAAGUGUUUGCCUACAUCGCUCAGAGUCAGCGCAACGAAACACUGGAGUGUCACGCGUACCUCUGCACCAAGAGGAAAGUGGCUCAGGCGGUGACGUUAACGGUGGCUCAAGCUUUCCGUGUGGCAUUUGAGUUUUGGCAGGCUGCUAAAGAAGAGAAAGAGAAGCAGGUGAAGUGUGGAUCUGAUGGAGAGGCGGCCAGCAGCUCUCAGUCUGAGAGUUCAGCCAGUCUGGGCAGCACAAAAGGAGGAGGUGAACACACGUUUUUAUGCUUUGUCGGGACUUUCUGUAGACAUAAUGAUUUUUAUACUGAACUUGAGGAUGGUCUAGAUGAGGCUUUCUCAAGACUCGCUGAGUCUCGCACUAACCCCCAGAUGCUGGACAUUGGGGUAAACCCUCAGGACUACAACCCUGAAGAGUGCUUGUCGCCUAGCAACUGGGACAAAGCCGAUGCUGAGGCUACCGACGCCGAGGACGCGUUCGGAUUCUGAUCGGCGGUUCGCGGAGGAACGAUCUGAUCAGACGACACUGAAGGGAAUCUCAGCGGCGCCCUCUGGCGGCUGUAGCUGAUGCCUCGGCCGGCUUUGAGUUGACAUGCGGUUCGGCAAACCCAACGAGAUGACUUCAACAAAAGCACAGACCAAAGCAAUACUUUUUUUUUCCUUUUUAUUAUCCCCCCCGAAUUACGUUUAAGUAUAUUGACAUUUAAAGUUUUUUGUUACUUCCCAUAAGUUGCUUUUUUUUUGUAUUUGUAUGAAUAUAAAAUGUACGUGUACAACAAUAACUGUAUAAUAUUUGCUCAGUUAUUAUUAUUAUUAUUAUUAUUAUUAAUGGGUUUAAUUGCUGAGGCUAGCUUUGCAAUUCUAUGCAGUCAAAUUUCUGAAUAUAUAGUCUCGGGGUAAUGCUUACUAAAUUACAUGAUGUUUGAAGUUUGUGUGGAGUUGGAGUGUGUUUUUUAAGCGCUGAAGUGGUGAAGGUGUUGUAUAUGUGAGUUGUCUGCCCUCCGAUGUAUGAAAACGAAUGGAUAAGCAGACAUGAAGCAUACAAUAAUGGACAAAAAAAGAGAAGGCAGGGUAUUUAAAUAAGACAAUCUUAUUUUUUUUUCUAUUAAAAUGUAUUUUUGCA